AAAGAGAUUCCUGCCCCGGGCUAUGAUUCCUCAUAUCAACCCAAGGAGGCAGCAGGGAAGAACUGAAGAAAGCAGAGAUGAGGAGAUGUCUCUCACCAUUAAGCAGAGGCUGGCCAGCACUCAGAAGCUGAAUCUGCCUCAGAUUGUCCCGCCUCAACACAAGCAUCACGAGAUCUCAGCAGCUGGCCCGGAUCACAGCUCAAUUCAACCUUGCCCACCUGAGGUGGUGUUUCAGAACUACAGCUCUGGUGAGGUCUGUGAAGUGCCAGUGGUUCUGAGGAACAGGGACAAGGUUUCUCAUCUGGUGAAGGUCACCUUGGAGAGCUCACCUUAUUUCCAGCUGGUGGGCCCCAGUGAUGCAUCCCGCAAGGUGCCACCAGGCCUCUCUAUGACUGUCCAUGUCCUCUUCACCCCUGGGGAGAACAAGGAUUAUUUCCACCAGCUCCUCUGCAUCACUGACAGGGAAGAGUUCACUGUGCCAAUUCGGGCCAUUGGUGCCCGAGCCAUCCUGGACUUCCCUGGCCAGCUGGACUUCUCGGAGUGCCCGGUCAAGUACAGCACCCAGAAAACUGUGCUGGUUCGAAACCUCGGUAACCGGGCAGCUCACUACCAGCUGAGCACCCAGAGCCCUUUCUCUGUCACUCCGGCCAUGGGAACUCUGGCUAUCGGUGACAGCAUGCAGGUGACAGUGGGAUUUCAGCCACUGAGGACUGGUGGCCAUUCUGCAUCCCUCAUUGUGCACUAUGACACAGGUGAAGACACCCACACCAGCCUUCAUGGAAGAGCUGUGGAUGUGGACAUCAGGCUGGACAGGAAUACUGUGACAUUUGGGAAGACGUACAUCACACGGUCAAACCGUGCAACUGUGCACAUCCACAACCUGAGUAAUAUCACAGCCUGCUUCCAGUGGAAGGCUGCUGAUACUCAGGAACAGGAGGAUCAGCUGAAGCUGAGGCAGUAUCACAGGCUGUGUCAGCAGAACAAGGACAAGUUGUCUGAUUUUCUGAAGGAGCACAGAGUGGACAUCACUUCCCAAGAGCAUUCAGCUCUUCUCACCCACACCCUCCAGACAGUGAGGGCAAAGGCGCAAGAAGAUCCCAUGCUGUUCUACAGUGACAUUUUCUGCCUUGAGCCGAAGAUCCCUGCCUCAGCUGGCUUUGUGUGCCAAGAGAGAAGCCAUCAGGAUUCUGGUGAGGCCAGAGAGCUGGCUGCAGAAAGCAUUUCUGCCCUGUGGGCUCCUGGCAGGGACGGGAGCCUGACAAAGCUGACUCUGCUGCAAGGGCUCAACAUCGAGGGCACUCUUUUGUUCCCCUCUCAGCCCCCUCCCCCGGCACUGCUCCCGCCCUCAGCCGGGGCUGCCCGGUGCCAGGGCCGUGAGGGGGCGGGCUCGCCGCUGGGGGCGUGGCACGGCAGCGCCUGCGCCCAGACACAAAUCACCUUCGUGCUCAGGCUGUCCGAAAGCAGCUGGAGCAAACUGGCAUUUGAGUUCAAGUCCAUGGUGAUCCUGUUAAACAAAGGACCUCUUAAGGCUCCCUUCAGCCUCCUCCCUCCAACCACAGCCAUGGGCUCCUGCUUCACCUUCCUGCCUCAGGAGGGCAUCCUGGCACCCAACAGGCUCCAGACCAUCCAGAUCUCCUUCUGUCCCACCAUCCUGGGGGAGUUCCAGGAACAAUUCUGCUUCCAUGUGACUGGAUCCCCUGAGCCUGUUGCCUUGACUAUCAGGGGCUGCGUCAUGGGACCGAAUUUCCAUUUCGAUGUGCCCGCCCUCCACUUUGGUGACGUCUCCUUUGGUUUUCCUCACACCUUGAGGUGCUGCCUGUCUAACACCUCCCUGGCACCCAUGUCCUUCAACCUCUGCAUUCCUGAGGAUGGCUUGGGAGAGCCCAGCAUUUGCAGCUUCAUUCAGAUGUUCAAAAUCACUCACCCAUCCUGGAGGAAGGGAGCUCAAGGUUUUAUGAAGCCAAGGGAAUUUGAAAUAAAUCCCUGCAGAGGGACUGUCCGUGCCUUGGGAUCCCAGGAUAUUGAGGUCACCCUGUGUUCCAACACUGUCAGAGAGUAUGAGCUGGAGCUGGUGGUGGGCAUGGAUGGUGUUGGCAAGAAGCUGUUGGCACUGCCCCUCACAGCCAGAUGCAUCGUUCCUCCACUGCGAGUGCGCAACCCUGUGGUGAAGUUCAGGCACUGCUGCCUAAAGUUCCCCUACGAGAAGAAGCUGACCCUUGUGAAUGAGAGCGACUUUCCUGGCUGCUACUGUGUUCUCCCUCAGGAACACAAGGAGAAGGCUGCUGCGUGGUACUCCAGCUCUGUGCCAUCUGGGAUUAUCGAGGCUCACAGCUCGGUGGAGAUCCCCAUCACACUUGAGGCUCAGCAGAUGGGAGAGUGCAACGUCACUGCUGGGGUCUCUGUGUUUGGGAGAGAAGGAUCCCCACUGGAAAUCCAGUUAGAGUGCGUUGGUCAGGGACCGGUUGUCCAUGUCCGUCCGAGGGAGAUAAACUUUGGCACUAUCCAAGUCUUACAAGACAGUUCCAAAAUUCUCCAGCUCUCCAAUCAGACUGAGGUCCCUGCACCCUUCUGGGUAGAGAUGGAAAUCCAGUUAGAGUGCGUUGGUCAGGGACCGGUUGUCCAUGUCCGUCCGAGGGAGAUAAACUUUGGCACUAUCCAAGUCUUACAAGACAGUUCCAAAAUUCUCCAGCUCUCCAAUCAGACUGAGGUCCCUGCACCCUUCUGGGUAGAGAUGGCUGGGAAACGCUCACCUUGGAGGAUUGAACCCAGUAAAGGAGUGAUCCCCCCUACGUCUGAGGUGUCUGUGAUUGUCACAGCAAACCUGGAUGAUACUAAGAAAUUCCAGGACAAGGUGAAGGUGUUCAUUGAGAACAGCCAUACAACCAUCAUCUCUGUCCAGGCUGAGGGUAUUGGCACCACAAUUGUCACUGACAAACCCCUUGCUCCGAAGUUCGAUUUUAAAACCUGCUUCAGCUUCACUCCCUGCCGUUACCAGUUCAAAAUGACAAACAAGGGACGCCGCAUCCAUCGGCUGUUCUGGACCACAGAAGGUUUCAGCAUCUUUCGGCGCAGUACUCGUCUCCCUGCCCUCCGUGGCACCAAGAGUAAAAAUGUUUCCCAGAGCCCCAGACCUGGCAGCCCUGUGUUUAAGCUGCAGCCACUGAUGAUGGACCUGAGGCCAGGCCAGACUGUGGAGAUGGUGCUGGAAGGCUGCUCCAGCACUGCCCAGGUACCAAAACCUAGUACUGAUCCCAGAAUACAGGCUGAUGGAAAUACUGCUCCUUCGGGGCACACAGGAGGUUACCAGUGUUGUGUGCUGAGGCAGAAAGGAAGGGCAGGGAAAGAGGUGAAGGAGAGGCUGCUGUGUUAUGCUACUGUGGGGAAUGAGACAGCAAAGAAACAAAUAAUGCAAGUGGAUGUCACCUGCAAGUUCAUUUUGCCUGUUGUGCAAAUGUCUCCCAGAGCAAUCACUUUCCAUGUAGAAAAGAAACCCAGUGAUGUCCUGACACUGCAGUACCAGCCUUUGUCUUUAAAAAACACCUGCUCCUUGCCAUUCAGCAUUGUGCUGGACUUGGAGCAGCCUUUCCAAAUCUGCAAUGUGGACCAGCAGCCCCUCCCUGCAGAUUCCAAGAAACCCAGUGAUGUCCUGACGCUGCAGUACCAGCUUUUGGCUGUAAAAAACACCUGCUCCCUGCCACUGGACCUCAUGCUGGAAGUGGAGCAGCCGUUUCUGGUCUGCAAUGUAGACCAGCAGCCCCUCCCAGAUGGCCAGACCCUGGGACAUGAUCACAAAGGCGAUUAA